GUUGGCUAUGACUAUGUGUAAUAAGAGAAACAAAAACAAGCCUUCCAUGACUGUGCCAUUAAGAAAGUAGCUUUGUUUUCAAUCCCAAACUGUCAAAGUCUCUCUUCACCUCUCAAGAUUAAUCAAACAUUUAUCUCUCUCUCUCUCUCUCUCAUCAAUGUUGCUUUAAAGCCAAUGCUCCUCUUCUUGUUCUUCAUAUAAACCACAUAUCCUCUCCUCCACAUCUUAACAAUUUCAUACCAAAACCCUAAAAUUGAGAAAGAGUACUGAGAGAGAGAGAGAGAGAGAAAGAUGGGUAGAGGAAAGAUAGAGAUAAAGAGGAUAGAAAACCCAAACAACAGGGUGGUGACGUUCUCAAAGAGGAGGACUGGGUUGGUCAAGAAGGCUAAAGAGAUCACAGUUCUUUGCGAUGCAAAAGUUGCUCUCAUAAUCUUUGCGAGUAAUGGUAAGAUGACUGAUUAUUGCUGUCCUUCCAUGGAUCUUGGUGCUAUGCUGGACCAAUAUCAGAAGUUAUCUGGCAAGAAACUAUGGGAUGCUAAGCAUGAGAACCUCAGCAAUGAGAUUGAUAGGAUCAAAAAAGAGAAUGAUAGCUUACAAGUGGAGCUCAGGCAUUUGAAGGGGGAAGAUAUACAGUCUCUCAACUUGAAAAACCUGAUGGCUGUAGAGCACGCCAUUGAACACGGCCUCGACAAAGUCCGAGACCACCAGUCGGAGAUCGUCAUGACAAAGAGAAGAACUGAGAAGAUGAUUGUAGAGGAGAAUCGGCAACUCCAUUUCCAGCUGCAACAACAGGAGAUGGCUAUAGCUAGCAACGCAAGAGGAAUGAUGAUGAGAGAUCAUGAUGGGCAAUUUGGAUAUAGAGUGCAGCCGAUCCAGCCAAAUCUUCAGGAAAAGAUUAUGUCCUUGGUCAUCGAUUGAUCAUCGAGAUUUAUAAUCUCAUCAUCAAGAUUUAUAAUUUCCGUGGUCCUUUUAAUGUGUCAUUAUGUAUCUGUGUGUUGUAUUAAUCUCGAGCCACAUCGUCUAUACUCUAUCGGAGUCGGACUUGUUGUACUUAAUUAUGCUAUAUGUGUGUUGUUUGCUUAAUUAUAUGACCUAGCUAUAUGUAUUGGUUUGUAUGGUGUGCUUAAACGUUUGGAACUAACUGCAUGUGUGUGUGUGUUAACUAAUUAAUUAUUCCUUGUUCA